AUGACAUUUAUUGGCCUCCCAUCCAUCUCGCUGCUUUUGUUCCACCACACCCGUGGAAACUCGCAGUACUUUGACGCAUUCAUUUUCGCCAUGCUCCGCACAAUCACUGCGUCGGUUUGUCUACACCCCAUCCGCUCAUCUUCCGAGCUGCCCCAUUCUGUCAACGGAAUCGAUUUUGCGAUACGUUACUGCGGGCCAUGCGCAAAAUCACGUGAAAUCGCCGCCGAGAAUGAAGCUGCCAUUCUUGAGGUUCAGCGACUGACAGAAGCGCAAGACCCAGACGGCGACCGACAAGCAUUGCGUGCAGCCCAAAUACGUUGCGAUAAAGCGCAUCUGGCGCAUGUCGAGGAUCGAAAACGGCAGGCGGAGCGUGCCCAGGCUGAGCGUGGCGUGCCGCCGCAUGAUCAAGCGACCGAAGGCUCCAUGAAUCUUGAAUUGGUUCCGGAAUCUUCUAUGAGACGGCGACCAAAGAAGGGCCUCACAGCGCGCUUCGACAUGGAGGAGUAUUACCGCCCAGAGGAGGAGUAUCGCAGACAGUCGCAAUUUGACCGCACUGCUGCUGAUUACACCCCUGGAAUCCACGCCGACGAGUCAGGGAACGGCUUUGUCAACACAUCAAGUCCCCCGGCAAGCGAUUCAGGCAGCGAGAUAAGUGAAUUGGGCSAUCAAAGGGGCGAAAAGACGAGCGAUGAAGCGAUGGAAGAUGUUUUUGGCUACGCUGAAAAUGAAGAUGAAGAUGAGGACACGGACAUGACGCAUGUACUUUCCAGGGAAGAAGACGAUGAUGAUGAGGAGGAGGAUCACGGCAGCGAGCAAGAAGUGCUGACGCGAGAAGAGAUACUAGAGAGGACACGUGUUCUGCAAGAGCGCAUUGAAGAACUUUGCGCGAGGAACUCGGAGCCCUACGAGAUACCCACGCAGCAAGAGUGA